GGUUACUGGUUAAUUUCGACUCAGAGGGAGUGUCAGCCACGUUAAACAUGAAUGACUUAAUUUAAGUAAUUUAUUAGUGGAUUAGUGCUUGCUGGAGACACGAACCGUUUCAAACGAUUCAGUCCGAUUUGGUGAACUGGUUCAACCGGUUCACUAAGAAGAACCGGUUAAAUCGAACGAUUCGCUCGCGAACCGGACUAGUGUGCAGGCAAGAAUGGGAUAGGGUGCCAUGGGGGAGGAGGGGUGUGCACUAACCACACUGUCCCGGCUUUUCUUUACCCACACGCUCACGGGAAGGAAAACAAAGAGCCAGAGAUACGCGUGGGUUUACCGGAGAGGACAAAAAGCUAGGAAAGACGAAAGUAACAUCUGAUCAGAUCCGUACGGAUAUGAAGAUCGCGCUGGGAUGUGACGAUCUGCUGCUGUCAUUUUAAAGCAAUGUAUGAACAUGGAUGUCUGUGUAACUGCUCGUACACUGAUGUGUUCAUGUGCACCGUGAGAGAGUUACACCACGCCACUCUAAUUGUUUUAUUUUUAUGAAGAAGUUUGCUCUGGACACAUUUCAGGAAUUCGCUUUUCUUUAUGGAUUAUAUAGGAGAGUGAGACACAUUUGGUUGAAGAGUGAAGGCCCUCGGUGACCCUGCUGCCUGGCCUCAUAUUGGCCAGGUUGCUUUGAUUAAAACAUCAAAACCAAGAUCGAGAUGUCUUCUCAAAAGUCUCAGAACCUGCCUCAGAAACCUGAGGUUAAACAAAGUCCCCCGGUUCCCAUCAAGCCAUCCAAUAAUACCUCAGACACCUCAUCUGUGGAAGGUGCCGCCUCUGGGAAUGGGAGUUCUGGGAAUGUCAAAAAGAUAGUCAACAAAUUCAGCCAGCCAGAGGCUAAGAUUCCAAGUGGAGAUACAGCAAAGAGCACCAGCACAGAAAUGAAACAACAAAGACCUCCUGCAGUAAAGCCCAGACGCAAAUCGAAAAGUUCUUCCCCCACCAGCAAUUGCAAGGCACCUCCUCUGCCUCCAAAGGCCAGACAAAAUCACAGUGAACAGAAAGACGAGGUGGACUGCCAAGAGAGACAAGAAGGAGCUUUGAGCGCUGUUGAUGGAAGCAGAUCAGCUCCUGAUGGAAAAGAAGGCAGCAAACUGCGAGCAGAGCUGGAUUCCAGCCCUCUUCCAGAUCCUCGGUGUGAGAAGAACUGUGGCUGUAUAUGCCACCUGCAGAGGCCUGGCAUGAAGCUCGUAUGGGUGCCAAUUAGCGAGCAAGAUGAUGACGAGGGUGAGGAGGAUGAGACUGAGUACAGUGACACGGAGGAUCAGAAUGAAAGAGGAGAGGGAGAGAACGAAGACAAGUCAAAUAAGGAGCCUGAGUCUUUGAGUGUGUCAUUAGUUGAAGACGAGAACAAAAAGGAGGAACCGCAAAUAAAAAAAAACAAGUUUCUUGAGACUUGUAACCUAUUAGAGCAGCAGCUCAGGAGGAAAUCGGACCCUGGAACUCCAACGUUGAUCGCCUCUGCUGUCUCAUUUCCCCAGACUCCUCUAAACGUCCCCAAAGACCAGCCUUUGGAGGAGACGGAGGAGUCCAUCUACGAUGUUAGCCUGGAGGUGGUCGCUCCACCCAGACCUCAAAAGGGGCUGGAUACUGUAAGCAAGGACACCCCUCCGGCCAUUCCUCCCAGAAUGCCUUUAGAUAAAAGGGGUCCUCGCAUUAUUCUGCCUCAGUCUCUGGCACGUCCUUCCUCCCCUCUGCUUCCACCUGCCAGUCCCCGACUGCAAAGAACUGCACCAACUCCACCAGCCAAGACCUAUGAGAACAGCAAUUAUUCUCUCAAGUCUAUAGCACAGCAGCGUCAUGAUGAAAAAAAAUGUGGAUCCACUGAGAACUCUAGACCUCCACUUGUCAUUCCACGUCACCAACAAUCUGCUGACUUGGAAGCUGGGACGUCUGAGGAGCUGUAUCAGUUUUACACAGAAACAUAUAUACACAAGGAGAUCAGGAGGACAGUAUGUCGCAACAUCAGUAAAACCAGCAUGGACUUUUCAUCCAGCCCAGAGAAAGGAGAAACAAGUCCCAGAUCCAGUAGUGUUCCAAAUCUCAAGCAGAGCAAUUUAUGGCGGGACCAGCCAGCAGUUCGAGACAGUGGGGUCCUGCAGACCCUAAGUCCAGAGGAGUGCAAGUACCAAGAGAGCAUGUUCGAGGUGAUUAAAUCAGAAAUGUCGUAUCUGCGCUCUCUGCGAGUGCUAACAGAGCAUUUUAUGGAUUCAAGUGACUUGAAUGACACUCUUAUUAACAUGGACAAAAAAACCCUCUUCUCAAACAUUCUUCGCAUCCAAGAGGUCAGCAAGAGGUUUCUAAAGGACCUCGAGGAACGUCUGGAUGAGAACGUUAUCAUUUCUGACAUCUGUGACAUCAUCCACUAUCAUGCCCAGCAUAAUUUCCCUGCGUAUAUCGACUAUGUUCGAAACCAGGUUUAUCAAGAAAAAACCUAUAGUAAUCUAAUGCAAUCUAACGCUCAGUUUGCGACUGUAAUCACCCGACUCCAGGAGUCGCCCAUUUGUCAGCGACUGCCCUUUAUGUCCUUCCAGCUGCUGCCCUUUCAGCGAAUCACACGCAUUAAAAUGCUCAUCGAGAACAUCCUAAAGAGAACGGCUGUUGGGGCAGAGAAGGAGCAAACAGCAUCUAAAGCUCUGGACUCUGUGUCCAAGAUCAUUGAAGAAUGUAAUACUCAGGUUGGAAAAAUGAAGCAGGUGGAGGAACUGAUUCAGAUUAAUGGUAUGCUGGAGUUCGACAAACUAAAGGUAAGCAAACUGACUUUUAAAAAUGACGAAGUAAACAGAGGAGGGACAUUCUUGAACAUCCGCACCAAAUUCACCCCCGUCUACCUCUUUCUCUUCAAUGACCUACUUGUUAUUGCCAGCAGGAAAAGUUCUGAGCGGUAUGUAGUCCUCGAUCAUGCCCAUCGCUCCCUGGUCCAGGUGGAGGCUUUUAGGGAGGACACAGCUGUCCCCAGCCUGGAGCACUGCUUCUCUCUGACUCUGCUGGAGAAUCACCAGGGACGCCAGAUGGAGAGAGUGUUCAAAGCUCCUACACAAUCUGACCUGCACAGGUGGUUAGCAGCAUUCCCGAAUCCCGAUGACCCCAACAAUGAUCAAGAAGAAGUCAUAUAUGAAGACUGGGAUUGCCCUCAAGUGCAGUGUGUAAAGCAAUACAUGGCAAACCAAGCAGAUGAAUUAAAUCUGGAGCCCACAGAGAUCAUCAAUGUCGUGCGCAAAACCAACGAAGGAUGGUAUGAGGGAAUCCGUCUGUCUGAUGGACAGAAAGGCUGGUUUCCUGUAGCAAACGUACUGGAAAUCACCAACGAGCACGUCCGGCGACGCAACCUCCGAGAGCGAUACCGUGUUAUCCAGGCUGCCGGCAUGGUCGCCAAGACUCGAAGUAUACCAUAGACUAAAUCAACUGCAUCCUGGCAGAUCGGGAAUUCCUAAAAUGGGAAUAGGCUUUUAAACUGUAGAUGUUUGAUACAGACUCAGUAUGAACGGGAAUUGUUUUGAUGCGUCUCAAACAUCCUUUUCAGGAUCGGAAAUAUAAUUCUGUUGGAAUUUUAAACAAAGUACAUGGGAAAGUCAGUGUUAUAUGGCUUGGUUUUUUACAAUACAAAAGCCGCUUUGGUGCUUGUUUAAGUAAAUCUCAUUGAAGUGUGUCCAUUUUAUUCAAAUGUUCAGUUGUUUUGGAUCCUAAUAUGGAAUGUUCAUUGUUUCAGAAACACGUGUGUGUGUGUGUGUGUGUGUGUGUGUGUGUGUGUGUGUGUGUGUACAGGUAUGUGUGAGUCUGUGCGUGCUUGUAUUGUUUAGCACUUCUUUCAAGAACAUCAAACUACUAAAAUUCCAGAUGAGCAAAGCGGAUGGGUUAAAUGGUGCAGUCAUGUAUGUCACAUGAUAACAUAUCACAUGAACUGAUUAGUAGGCUAGUAAAAAAAAUCACAUGCACUGAUCAAGAUGUGUGGUACAACCUGCAUGACUAAUCUUCAGUUUUUAAUGGAAGUACCGAAUGUGUACAAAUAAGCUUGUAUUUACUAUUAACAAAAUGCUUUAUGCUUUGGUACAUUAAAAUGAAAUGUUUUUACACA